AUGGGGAAAAAUAACCAAGUUAAUAUAUCAAAUCUUAGAGCUAUUCGAUCUCUUGGUGAACACGAAACCUUUGGAGAAACUGAAGGGGUAAGAAAAUAUGGUAGAAAUGAUGAUGAAAAUUAUGACGAAGAUAGAUAUGAUAGCUUGACUCAAUUUUACUUUGACAUGAUGAUGGAAGAUGACAUUAAUAAGAAAGAACCUACAUCAACAAUAACUGGAAUGAAUAACAAUAUAGAUCCUAAAGCUCAAUUAAAUUGUAAUAUUGGUAGAAUGACAAAUGAUGAUAAUUCUAUGUCCAGAUUAAUAUGUAAAAAUGAUCUAUGUAGAAAAAUUAAAAAUGCCUUAAGAACCAUUGAUAAAAUAACAGAACGAGAAAUGUACUUUAUAUUAAGAUCGCAUGAGUAUGCUAACACUAAGAAUGCUUCAAUACACUUAAAAGAUUCUCUGAACAAUUCGCAAAACGAUCCCGAGAUGAAUAUCAACAACGACUAA